AUGCAAAUUUCCAAGAUGCGUCGCAUUUCAGGCCUAUUUUCCGGGCCCAAGACUUCUUUCCAGGUUCUUUCCGAUCUGCAUCUGGAUUUCGAAUCGCAAUACCUUAGUUUCCAUAUACCCGUAGCAGCCCCGUUUCUAAUUCUUGCUGGAAACAUUGGCCGCCUGAUCGAUUACGAGCAAUAUCUUGCGUUCCUCAUUCGGCGGUGCAAUCUUCACGAAAAGGUCUUCCUAGUCCUUGGCACUCUCGAGUUCCAUGGGCUUGCGUGGAUGGACGGGCUGCAACUAGCUCACAAACUAGAAAAAGAGCCGGCGACAAGAGGCAAGCUGGAGGUGCUCUACGAGACAAGAAGCGAUGUUCCCGGGACGAACAUCACCCUUUUGGGCUGCACAUUAUGGAGCCAUAUACCAGACUCGGAUGCAGCUGCUGUGCUGCGCAAGAUGCCAGAGUUUGACGAGGAAACCGGCAUCCAAGACUGGAGUAUCGAGAAGCACAACUUGCAACAUAAGCGAGACUUGAGGUGGCUGAUCGAGGAAAUCAAGAACCCAAACGCAAGCGAAGGCACAUUAGCCCCGGCUGCUACGUCGGGAUCCAAGCAGGAACGGCAACUCAUCGUCGUCACUUCGUUCACACCCGAUCUCCGGGGAUGCUUAGAGCCCUGGCAAGUCGAUGCGCCAUGGGCAUCGGCAUACGGAAUGAAUCUACUGGACAGUCCUUACUUCAGCAACAUCAAAAUGUGGAUAUCAGGGGCAACAGGCCGAACAUGCGAAUUCAAGAGAGGGGCUACGACGGUGGUCAGCAACCAACGUGGCAGAGAAAGCGAGCAAACGACUGGCUUGCUGAAGGAUGGCUUGUCAGAAAAGCAAAAGAUUGGCUUAUUCGACGUCAUGCGCGUCGUCAGGAUGUAG